GCUUGUCUUGGUAUAUAAACGAAUGUCUUAGCGCCGCCGCAAGAUUAAACCUGUGUGUAUUGACAUCUCACCUGUGUUCGUGUUUAUUUUAAAUAUCAAUAUUUUUUCUGCUGACAAAUAAUAAGAUUAAAAAAUGUUUCGUGUGUGUCUAUUCGUUGGAGUAGCCACAGUACUUGCUCAAAAUGCAAGAUCAGUACCAUUUCAAGGUAAGCAAAAUGGCAUUGGUCCUCUUUACACACCUGGUCUUGGACAAUUAAACAAUGGAUACAGAGAUGACAGUUACGAAGAUAAUGCUGUUACACCCACUCCAUCACCAUCACCACUUUUCAGACAACCACAACAACCGCUUUAUCGUAAACCAACAUUAUCUGCUGAUCAACCAAUUAGAGUUGCACCUCUUGGACAACGUGGAGGACCACCUCGUGGUGGAUCAUUUGUCCAACAAAAUACUCAGCAAGAAGCUGAAGAACUUCUUGAAGAAGAAAAAGAUGAACCAGAUCGUUUAAGUCUUUUAUUGCCACAAAGUAAAUUUGAUUGUGUUGGUACACCAACUGGAUACUAUGCUGAUGAAGAUCUUAAUUGUGAAGUGUUCCAUUAUUGCCAUGAUAAUGCCAAACAUUCAUGGAUUUGUCCAGAAGGUUUUACCUUCCAUCAGGUUCAUCUUAUUUGUAUGCCUCCAAAUGGUGAUGUUAUGUGUAAAAAAAGUUCACAGUAUCAUUUUGUAAAUGAAUAUCUUUAUAAACCAUUGAAUCUUCAAGAAGCUGAAUCAAAACCAAAUGUUACACUUCGUUAUAGUGAAAGAUAUUUCCCUGGUGAUAUAUUUACUGAUGAACGUGAAUCUGAAGAUUAUUCACCAAGUCAUACACCAACAAAACGUCCAACUCAUCAUCAAAAUAUAUUUAUUAAUCAAUCACCAACUACUCCAAAUAGUUUACCAACUGCUGCUCGUCCAACUCCACAAAAUAUUCCACAAUAUAGAGUUGCUUCAAAUCAAGUUUUUCGAAGCCCUGAAGAAGUCAAUAUUCCUCUUCAACAAAGAAGACCAUUACCACAACAACAACAACAGCAACAACAAGUCUUAAGGAGAUUCCCACAAGUUCGUCCAGAUGAAGAAGAAUUUGAAUAAUUAUUAUUUUUUAUAUUUUCUGUUUUUUUUUUUUUUAAAUAGAUUUGGAAAGAUAAAAAGAAAAAUUAAAUUCUUUCCAUUAAAUUGUAAAUAAUCAUUGGUUAAUCAAACUGAUGAAUAAGUCAUAUUGAAAUUUAUCAUUAUUGUCAUCGUUUAUCUUUUAUAUAUACAUAUCUGUAAUAAUUAUAAUAAUGUUUUUUUUUUUUUUAUGAAAUUUUUAAUGGAUUAGUUUUGUAACAUUGUAUGCUAAUAUUUUUUUACUCUAAUUAUUGAGUACAUUAUUUUAUUUCAUGUUUAAUUCAUGAAGUAUAGCGCAUAAU